AUUAGAGUCUUUGUUUUGACAUGCCCUGCUUCUGUUUCUGUGCAGGAUUUAGAAACUGCGUCCAAAUUCUCACCCCAGGCGUAGUUUUCAAUGCCUAAAUCAGCUUCACUUCAGAAAACACAUAAAUACGGAGAAUUUUUUUUUGGCCAUUCUAAGCAAAACAGAUCAAAAUGAGUGCACGUCUGAUAAAAAUCCCACAUCUUUUUUCCUUCACACCCACUAUGAUUCUGUAUUUCUUCUUCCCCCUUCUGAUUAAUUGCCAGUGCAGCAGAAAUCCAGUAAUAUUCAUCUUUGGCGACUCCAAUUCGGAUACUGGUGCUUAUUAUUCUGGUCUUGGAUUGAUGUUUGGAGUUCCCAAUGGACGCUCAUACUUUAAUCAGCCAUCAGGUCGAUUAUGCGAUGGACGAUUGGUCAUUGAUCUCUUAUAGGCUAGAAACUAGGCUUGCCCCAUGUUUUUGGAGAACAACUGACAAACAAGCUCCUCUCUCGCAAUUGUAUUCUGUGUAUACUGCAGGCGAAAGUUUGAAUACAAGUUACUUGACCCCUUAUCUAGAACCAUUGGGUCCAGAUUUCAGAAAUGGAGUUAAUUUUGCUUUUAGUGGUGCUGCCACUCAACCUAGAUAUAAACCUUUCAGUUUAGACGUUCAAAUUCUUCAGUUUCUUCGAUUUCGAGCUCGCUCCCCUGAGCUAUUUUCAAAAGGCUACAAAGAUUUUGUCGAUGAAGAUGCCUUCAAGGACGCAAUUCAUAUAAUUGACAUUGGACAGAACGAUCUUGCUGGUUCAUUCGAAUACCUUUCAUACGAACAAGUCAUAAAAAACAUAUCAUCUUACAUAAAAGAAAUCAGCUAUGCAAUGCAGAAUAUAUAUCAACAUGGUGGAAGGAACUUCUGGAUACACAAUACGGGACCUCUGGGUUGCCUGCCACAAAAACUUGCUACCUUCGACAAAAAGAGCAGUGAUUUUGAUCAGUAUGGAUGCCUUAAGGUUCUUAAUGAUGCAGCAAAGCAGUUUAAUGACCAGUUGCGCGUCCUAUGUGAAGAGCUUAGAUCUGAGUUGAAGAAUAGCACCAUCGUGUACGUUGAUAUGUAUUCCAUCAAGUAUGACCUCAUUGCGAAUGCUACUACAUAUGGUUUUGAGAAUUCAUUGAUGGCAUGCUGCGGUUAUGGCGGUCCACCAUACAACUAUAAUCCUAUUAUUACCUGCAGCCGAGCUGGUUACAGUGUGUGCGAGAGAGGAUCAAAGUUCAUAAGUUGGGAUGGAGUUCACUACACAGAAGCUGCCAACGCAGUCGUUGCCUCCAAAAUUCUAUCUACUAAUUACUCUACUCCUCAGAUUAAGUUUAGUUAUUUCUGCAGUAACUAGCUAGUUUGCAGCUUGAUUGGAAUUUGCUGAUUUUAAAUAUCCUUGGAAAUUUAAUACUUGCAGGAACUUUGCAAGCAAACCAAGAUGAAAUUUUCACUACUAUUUAUUGCUAAUUGACAUGUGAUUCGGCGAA